AUCACAGUUUGUGAAAAAACAUUUUCUUAAAAGUGCAGGGUGUUUGUAUUUGAAAAUUUCACUCACAAUACAGAAGCAAUCAUUUUCAUAAAACCAUUUAAAGUAACCAGGCCACUAGAAAAUUUUUUUUUGGCUGGUUGUUACGGAGAACAAAAAACUUUUUGCUUUGACUAGAAAUCCAGUUUACCUGCGUUCUUAUUCUUCGUAUAUAUAAAACGAUAUGAAGACCGAUCUUCCAAUAAGAAAAUGAAAGCCCAGGCGAUAUUUGUGACUUUUAUGGCGAGCACAGUAUGCAUGGCACAGUCAAAAACCUUGGCUGAGUCCAUUGACAAUGGAGGAGCUCCAAUUCCCUUCGGAUUCUUACAUGGAGGGAAACUACAAACGCAGAAUGCCCGAGCGCUAUCAGGGAUGUUGAAUAGUUUAAUGCCGAUGAAGAAAAACUUGUUUCUGAAUUCCCUGGAGGGUUAUGGGGAAGAAGAUACAAGACUAUUCAAACGAGCGCAAGAUAUGUCUGCUUUAUCCCAGAAGUAUUUUACACCAAGAACUUCUUCAUUAGAUGAUGAAAUAAGUAGGUUAAUGGAGGAUAUACUCAUUCAAUACAGGACAAUCAUCAACCAGAGAAAUCAAAGGCUGGCUGGCGUAGGCGUACCGUACAGGAUGUAAUGUACAUGCAUAUCUGUACACUGUACAGUAAAGUACAUAACGAACGCAUAAUUUGGUUAAAAACUUAACUAUGUAAUUCAGUACAUGUAAAUAAAUAAGUGGCUGGUAU